AGGUUGCUGUGAACUUUUCAUCUAGCUAGCUUCAUUCUUUUUCACACCACCAUGUGAUUGUCAGUAACACACUUCUACAGACUUGAUAGCAACCGCGGCAGACUCGUCUGUACUCCUGCACUGUCAGCAUACUGCAUGGCACUACUUUAUUACGCGGAGACGUGUCGUAGUGUUUCCUGACAGUUCUGUCUAAAAUCUCUAUCAUGUUCUGGUUCAUGCAGGGACUCUGCUUUCUGCCAGCGUUUCUAGUCAUCUGGUCCUCGUGUACUUUCAUUAUUUCUUACCUGAUAGCGCUUUUUAGACAUGAUGUCGACUUAAUCUUUCCAUACAUAAGUGAUACGGGUGCAGAACCUCCAGAGAGCUGCAUUUUUGGCCUUAUGACAUUCAUCUCUGCAUGUGCAGGAAUUGCCACCAUUUACGCUAGGUACAAGUAUGUGGAGAAGCUGAGUGAGGAAACACGUGUGGUGAGCCCAUGUCUCAACAAAAGUGCUCUUUACAUUGGGAUGAUCUCCUGUUUGGGCAUGUGCAUUGUUGCAAGCUUUCAGGAACUGACCGUGACUGAAGCUCAUGAUUUUGGAGCUUUGGUUUUCUUUGUAUCUGGAGUCCUCUACAUAAUCCUACAAACAGCUGUGUCAUAUAAGGCUUUUCCAUACGGGUCCUCCAUGAGUGUGAUUCGUGUUCGUCUGUGUGUCGCCAUCAUUGCUACUUUGGCUUUUUUUCCCACUGUCAUUUGUGCAUUCUUCGUAAAACAAACUGAACUGCACAGAGAUCCUGAAGACAAGGAUUAUCCCUAUCAUUUAGCCAGUGCUGUGUGUGAAUGGACUGUCGCAUUCAGCUUCAUUUGCUUCUUCCUCACAUAUAUUGAUGAUUUCAAACUGUUUACCUUAAAAGUGAAAACCGAGUUUGAGGGUUCCUACUGAUCCAUCUGCAGCUGCUAAACUUUUUAGAAAUAUCAGCAUUUUUACAUUUAAAAAAGACAUGCUGCAUUUAUUUUUGUAAAGCUUUAAAUCUUGUGUAUUUUUCUACAUAUUUUUUCAUUGUUUUGCAUUUACAACUGAAAACCAUAAUUGUGUUUUUUAUCAGCUGACUGAAUUUGUUGAAAAUACUUCUAACAUUAUUAUUUAUACAUAGCUGGCAGUCAUGGGCAGUGUUAAAGGGAAAACAACUGACCACAGCCUCAAACUUUAUACUUUUUAUACAAUCUAAAAUCAUUUUUAUGUGUCUUUAUUGCUUCCUGUGUUCAGUCAAGAGUCACAUUGCACUUUGGCCUUGAUUGCCACAUCAGCGUGUCAGAAAUGCGACUGCUAAUAAGAGAAGUUCAUCACAAUGAACACAUGAUUGCUGCAUGUUUCCCGUGGGAAUCAAGCUCAUGACAAGAUUGUUGUUGUUGGGGAUAUUGUGGUUUUUCUGUGUAUGGGUAAGACUAGACUGAGUUUUCUAUCAUAGGUACUGUUUUAAAUACCAGUGAAGGUGAAAAGUAUUCAGAAGCUGCCUUUUCUCUAACCAAAGUUGAACAAUUAUGCUGUUUACUGCUAGUUUGACAGAAAUAACAAAAAGGGAGAAAAGCAUGAAAUUCUUGCACUAACUGGGAUCUCUUAGAAAUCCUGAACUGAAUGCCAUCAGCCUCCAUGUCUGUAUAUUAUAGAAUACUGCUUUACUUUUACAGUGCUGCCUUAGAUGGCAUUUUGAAUGUUUCUGCAGCAGGUAGAGCACCAAUGUGUAAACAAAAAGGAUAUUCAGUUCAUUAAUUUGGAAAGACAAGGGCACUGGGAGCCUAAUGGUUAUGUCCCCAUACCUGUGCAGAAGCUGUUGUCCUCAAAGUAGAUGGUCCUAGCUGCAGUAUUGGCUCAAAACCCAAAAUAAAUCUUUAAAUAAUAAUAAUAAUUUGCUAUGGCAAAAAUCAAUUGCUAUGAUACAAUAAACAGGAAUGGAUCUUUAUUAAAACUACAACAAAUCCUGUAAGAAUAUUUUUUUGUUAAAUAGAGCAUUUACCCUCUACUUUGGAACUUUUUUCUUUUUUUUUUUUGCCCAAAACAAAAUCACUGUCUAUUUAUGAGUCCUACAAGAGCCUGCUUAUGUUUUUUAUUUCCUAGUUGUUUUCUUCUGUUUUUGGAGCUUAAAGUACCAAAUGUUUCUAUUAAUAAUGUGUAAUAUGUUCAUAAUUUAAAAAAAAGUAAUACAUCAUCAGUUCCUGUGCUGAAAUUGAGGGCUUAAGAGUAGUGGGUCUCAACUGGACAAUCCUUAGGACCUGCUACCUCCUUAAUGAGCAAUGGUCAGACAGCAAGGAAGAUUAAAAGAGACUUAAAGCCCCUGUAAAGUUAAAUUCAAACUCUGUCUUAACACACUGUAUAUGUUAAAAUGAGGUUGCUGUAAACAUGUGAUAACACUGAUCUACAUGUGACUUGAUUUUUAGGAAGUUGUUCUCCUCUUUCCUGGCUUGGUUUUGAUUUGAGCAGGGCAAAUAUCUGAGCCCAUGACAUCAAGAGUCUUGAUGGGGAAAUACACCCCCCCAACCCCCCAAUGCCACAAUGCCACAAUGUUAUAAAAUCAGUUAAUCUCAGUAUCGCAGUCACUGUCUAUAUGCUGUGUUUUUGUUCAUUGUGACAUAAAUUUCCCAAAUCCAUCAGCCAUGGUGGCCUAGGGGUCAUUAAAAGUAUGAGAGAGUAUCAGUAAGAGAGAUUUGUGCCAGAAAACAGUAAAUUUAAU